CUGAGUCCAGCCCAGCUCAGCCCAGCCCAGCCCAGCCCAGCCCGGGGUGCUCCCAGCGCCGCCGGGGCUCAGCCACCCCCGCCCGGACCCAGCUGAGUAGCAUUUCUCUUGUAGGCACAGAAAACGGGUAAUAACCGAAGACGGCCUCACAGCAGGAAAGUGAGAUCAGAUUGGCAAUGCAGCAGUGAGUGGCAUGAUUGAAGACAAGAUAAAAAGCAGGCUACAGCAAAAGGUGUGAACUUCAUAUUUUCUCCCUGAAACUAAGUUACAGCUGAAGAGUUCAAGAUGAUUCCAAAUUACUCUACUGAAGAAACUGUUAAAAGAAUCCACGUGGACUGUCCUGUUUCAGGAAGGCACAGCUACAUCUACAUUAUGGUUCCAACCGUUUACAGCAUCAUCUUUAUCAUAGGCAUAUUCGGGAACAGCCUGGUGGUUAUUGUCAUUUACUGCUACAUGAAAUUAAAAACAGUAGCCAGCAUCUUUCUUCUCAACCUGGCACUGGCUGACUUGUGUUUUUUGAUAACUCUGCCCCUUUGGGCAGCCUACACGGCCAUGGAAUACCAGUGGCCUUUUGGCAACUGUUUGUGCAAGUUGGCCUCGGCGGGGAUCAGCUUCAACCUGUACGCCAGCGUGUUCCUGCUCACCUGCCUGAGCAUCGACCGCUACCUGGCCAUCGUGCACCCGGUGCAGUCGCGCAUCCGCCGCACCAUGUUCGUGGCCCGAGCGACCUGCAUCGCCAUCUGGCUGCUGGCUGGCGUGGCCAGCCUGCCCGUCAUCAUCCACCGCAACAUAUUCUUUGCUGAGAACUUGAACAUGACAGUCUGCGGGUUUCGCUAUGAGAGCAAUAACACGACGCUCCGGGUCGGGUUGGGUUUAUCCAAAAAUUUGCUGGGCUUUUUAGUUCCUUUCCUGAUCAUAUUAACAAGCUACACCUUAAUUUGGAAGACUCUGAAGAAGGCAUAUCAAAUUCAAAAAAAUAAGACUAGAAAUGAUGAUAUCUUCAAGAUGAUUGUAGCAAUUGUGUUCUUCUUUUUCUUUUCCUGGAUUCCUCAUCAAGUGUUCACUUUUCUGGAUGUGUUGAUUCAAUUACACGUAAUAACAGAUUGCAAAAUCACCGAUAUUGUGGAUACAGCUAUGCCCUUCACCAUUUGUAUCGCUUACUUUAACAACUGUCUGAAUCCUUUUUUUUAUGUUUUUUUUGGAAAAAACUUUAAAAAAUACUUCCUUCAGCUAAUAAAAUACAUCCCACCAAACGUCAGCACACAUCCAAGCCUCACAACCAAAAUGAGCUCCCUCUCCUAUCGGCCACCAGAAAAUAUCCGCUUGCACACUAAAAAGACUGCCGGGCCUUUCGACACCAACUGAGGCAUUUCACAAAGUUCUUCUUUUGAACAACCUUGUGUGCGAAGCAGCAAGAACAACAAGAUUCGUCUGCGGUCCUGAACAUCACAGCUCAUCACAGCAACACUGGAUCACCUCAGAGAAAUCAUACUGUACAGAGCCAGCAGUGGCCUUUCAGCUUACUUUGUAAAGAGGACUGCUUCGUUUUCGUUUUGUUUUUCAUUACUGAAAGCAGCCCAAGUGUUGGACAGGUGUGCCAGAGUUCCUGCCACAUCCCACCGUUUGCUUAGAACUAUGAAAGAAAGGGAGGGAAAACUCCUAACUCCACAGGUGUUUCAAAAGGAAAAGCUUGUAUAAAUAACAUGAAAUACAAAGAACCUGACUUGCAUAUAUGUGAGCUAUUCUGUUGAAGAAGUGAAACUUUGUUUCUUGUUUUUUUGGUGUUUUUUUAAUUACAUAAAUGUCUUAUAAUCAUAUUUAUAAUAUAUUUUCAAAUAUAUGCUAUAUAUAGAGGCCCAAUUUUAAACUCAAAUGGAAAUUUAAGGUCCUUGAAAUUGGUCUUAUUCUGAUUUAUGCUACUAUUUUUUUAAUGGCAAUUUUUUCAUAAUAAUAUAUGCAAUAAAAUGCAGAUUUAUUUAUUAAAUAUAGAAUAAAUAUAUUUUUAGAUUUAUAUUCCUACUCAUACAUUUCAAACAUUGCUUCAGAAAUGUACAUUUAUAUCCCAGUGGAUAUUUUUGUAGUAGUUUAAAAAUAACUAUGUAUGUGCACACAGAAAUGGGGUUCACUCAGCCUUUCCUCAUGAAAAGCCACCCUCACCUUGAAGAGCUUUAUAUACAGAGGGAGUUGACUCCAUACUCUGUAUGACUAAAAGUAAAAAAAAAUUAAUUCCUGCACAUUUAGUAAACUUAUAUACUGAUAAGCAAAAAAUGGGACAAUGCUUGUCUAUCAGUUUAACUAAAAAUACUUUUAGUCCCAUCACAAAACAUCCGAGAUCAAACUUUACCCUUGGCUUUUAUGGAAUUUCUCUCCAUUUAUAUAAAAUAAUGCCCAGGGUAUUCUCUCCCUGUAGAACAUUUUUUUAUUUAUAUGGAACAAAUGCAGAUUUAUACUAGCAUAAAUCAGAACUAAAGUCUGGCUCAAAUUCUCAAUACAAAUCACGAGGAAAAGUGACAAGCACUGUGGGAAUUUUCCACCAAUGAUAUCCUCAUAUGUGUCCUUUAUACCUCAAAUAAUGAGCUUCAGAUAAUAUCUAUGCUUGAUUCACACGCAUUUAUUGUCCUCAAAGAUAAAUGAGUUCAUAAGUACUUUUUGACACUACAAAACUUAAAAAAAAUCCAAAACUUCAUAUAUAUCAUGUAGAAAAUUACAUGCCCCUUGAGAAUUUACAGUAUUUAUAAUUUUCAAAAUCAUACGUCUAAUGUGGCUUUGUCUCAAGUAGUGAGUGGUUGGAUUAUCCAUAUUUUCUGAUGAUCAAAAUCAAAACACAAUAAAACAGUUAUUUCUGUAGUUUAAUACUCUUUAAGGAAAAAAUGGGACUACAACCAGGUCUAGAAAUCUUCCUACUCUUUCAUUCACUUAUACUAAGGGAAUUUUUUCCAGUUUUGCCUUUGUUCUUCCAGCCACAAAAAUGGGAAUGUGUCUACUCAUACCUUGCAAGGCGCUGUGACAAGUCACAACUUCUAAAGCUCUAUGAUACAAAAACUCUCCUUCAUUAAAACUUUAAGUUAAUUUAA